AUGGCGAUCUAUUCGUAUACGCUGUCGUUGGCUGUUGUGGAGUAUCAGACUGCUGUUUUGAGGGGUGAUACGGAAGGUGCCAAGGAGAUUUUGGAGAGUGGAGGGAUCAAGGAUAGUGAGAGGAGUAAAGUUGCUAGGUUUUUGGAGGCUAGAGGUGCGUGGUAUUUGCUUUUUUGGCUGUUCGGGUGGAUUUGUGGGGCUUACUGGUUUGGUUCUAUGAUUACGCUUUCGUUUCAAAUGGACCUGCUGUCGACCUCUCGUUUAACCCUGACAAUGACUUGA